AUGUCGGAUGGCAAUUUAAUCACCAAGAUGCUUGCCGAUGCGGCGGCGGAGGCUGAGAAGGAAAAAUACCAGUCCAGUCCUGUGGAGGAGCCGCAAAGUGCUGACGACUCGGCCAGCGCAGAGCCAGAGCUCCCACGGGCCAGUCCGAAGCAGCACGUUUACUCUCCCCAGUUUCUGCUCUCGUUGAAAGAGUCACCAUUGUGUUUGGAGAUCUCUCAUUUGAAUCUGCCAGAGAACAAGCAGGACUUCUUUUUGCUGAACCUGCCUAAACGCUCGGCCUUUAUAAACAACAACCCAACCCCAAACAAUAAGUUCAACAACCAGCGUGGCAAGCGUGAUAGAAGAAAGGACCCUAAGGACCAGAAGGACUCAAAAGAGCAGAGAGACCACCACAAGGACAAGGAUUCUAGAAAGGCCGCCAGAGACCAUCGCCAGCAGCAGGAAGAGACGCCCGAGUGGGUGCUCAAGUCCGACGUUGGCACAGGCAACUCGAUCCAGGACUUUGAGCGGUGGAGACUCAAGAUGCGCAUUGAAACGUUCAAGCGCAACGGCGAGCCUGUUCCCGCCGAAGAUCUCCAGCAAUACGAAUAUUUGACAGCACAGCAACAAGAUACUCCCCAGAAGCCGCCAGUAGCUCAGGCAGCCGUUCAGGCAGCCGUCCAGCCGGCACUGAGCGAAGAGGCCAUGGCCAUGGCCGGUUCGUCUGGAUCCUCGAGAUUCUCAAGCUUCUUUGGACCGGGCCAAGUUGCCCAGACCAAAGAUGACACCAAGCUACUUUCUUUGCUACAACGGCCAACACAGCCAACCCAGCCCGCACAGCCAGCGCAACCAGCGCAGCAAGCACAACCAGGUCCGGUUCCUGUGGCUUUCCCGCCAGGACUGGCGCCAUUUGGUCCUCUCACCGGGACCGCUGGCCCACCAAUCCCUUCCAGAGACGACAUGUUUUUCAAUUCGCUGCUAUCUAAAGCCCCGGCUCCGGGUCCUGCACCGUUCCUGCCUCCAGGCUUGUUUUUACCAUUCUCUGAAAAAAAGUAA